AGCCUAUACGACAUUUAUCUACAAUGGCCGUUGCAAGAAAGUAAACUUGUACCUGAAUUAACUGCUGGUACAGGACUCAAAAGGGGAUAUUAUAUAAUUGAGCGGAUACACAGCGAACCAUGGUUGUUCUGGAGCCUGUACAGGCAGCUGUUUGGCAUGCAUUGAACCAUUACGACUACCAUGAUGCUAUAUUUUUAGCAGAGAGAUUAUAUGCAGAAGUAAACAGCGAUGAAGCCCUCUUUCUCCUGGCUACAUGUUACUAUAGAUGUGGUAAACCUAUCAGGGCUUAUACUUUAUUAAAAAGCACUGGAUGCCCCACUCCCCAGUGUAAAUAUCUUAUGGCAAGAUGCUGCCUGGAUCUAAACAAGUUGUCUGAGGCAGAGAUGACUUUGGGGGGUAGUAUUCUGAUGAAAAGUAAAACUCCUGAUGAAUAUAUUGCUGAAUUUGGAGAUGCUGCUAGCUAUGCGUUAGCCCUGCUUGCUCAGAUUUACAGCAAAACAGAUCGCCAAGGCAAGGCAGCUGAUUAUUAUCAAAAGAGUUUAAAGUUAAAUCCUUUCAUGUGGUCAUCUUUUGAAAAACUGUGUCAUUUAGGAGAAAAACCAGAUGCAUCCAGGGUUUUCAAAGUUUCCAGUAGCAACACAGUAGUGGCUCACAACAUUUAUAACUACUCCCACCCUGUAGUGGUCAUCUCCACACCACAGCAACAACAACAGGGUCAGCACUGUCCACAUCCUCAGGAACAACAAACUCCAGCUCCAGUACCACGUGACACGGCAUUUCAGCUGCUGAAUGAUGUUCCUGAAAAUGUCGGUGGUUUGGAUGAAAAUUUCUCCACCCCAGAUCCCCCAGGGUUGGGAGGCCUGGUGUCUGCCCCUGCUGCCCCCAUUACUGCCAAGGGCAUGAGAACGCGGCCCAGGGCAGGGAGAAGUAUCCUAGGGGCGGCUGCUUCAAUAAGCCCACUUACACCUAGUUUUGGAGUACUACCGUUGGAUACUCCCAGUCCUGCCGGGCUCUCCAUCAGUACCUCCCCCUUCAUCACACCACUACCACAGCCCAACUUGGAUUCUCAGGGAUUUGAUUUGAGAGCACCUGCCAAAAAAACUGGAGCACUUAGGAGUCAAGCAGAACCUAAUCGUCCACCAGUGUUUAGUCAGUCGGUAACAUGCAAUACCAAUGCCCAGACUCCCAGUCCACAGUCAGGACCUCAAAAUACCUCUCAAAAUGUGCCACAUCUAAGAAGAAGCUCAAGGUUGUUUACUAAUUCUAAUUCAAAUUCUGUGAAGGAAAAUAAUAAAAGUCAAGGCAGAGGAAAAUUCACUAGUCCGAAAGGCCCAGCUAGAAGAUCAAAAACAAGAACUACAAAAACUCAAGAAAUGAACGAGAUUAACAAAUCAGAAAAUAAGCAGGACUGUGAAAUCCAAAAAUCUGCUACACUCACUUUACAGUCUCAGCAGAAACAAUCUACAGAUGGUCUAAUGUCGCUGCUCCAAGAGUUAGGUAAAGCAUAUCUAGCAUUAGCACAAUAUGACUGCCAGAGGGCGCUGGAGUUGUUUGGCUCUCUCCCUGCACAUCAGCAUCAGACUGGGUGGGUCAUGGCGCAGAUAGGCAGGGCGCAUUUUGAAAUGGCGGAAUAUCAAAAGGCAGAGAAGAUGUUUGAAACCAUGAGAAGAGUAGCCCCACAUUACUUCCACGGACUAGAAAUUUACAGCACCACCUUGUGGCACCUCCAGAAAGAUGUCCAGCUGUCCAAGCUAGCUCAGGAACUUACAGAAUUAGAUAAAGAAGCACCACAGUCGUGGUGUGCCGCAGGCAACUGUUUUAGUCUUCAGCGGGAACAUGACACUGCAAUCAAAUUUUUCCAGAGAGCUGUGCAGGUGGAACCCAGCUUUGCUUAUGCCUACACUCUGCUGGGCCAUGAGUACGUGUUGACUGAGGAGUUUGACAAGGCCAUGUCAUGCUUCAGGAAUGCCAUUAGAGUAGAUCCAAGACAUUAUAAUUCUUGGUAUGGUGUUGGAAUGAUAUUUUAUAAGCAGGAGAAGUUUGGUUUGGCUGAAGUUCACUUCAAGAAAGCUUUAACCAUCAACCCACAAAGUUCAGUUCUUUUAUGUCAUAUUGGAGUGGUUCAACACCAUCUUCAAAAAUCAGACAAUGCAUUAGUUACACUGAAUAAAGCCAUAGCAUCAGAUCCAAAGAACCCUCUGUGCAAGUUCCACAAAGCAUCCAUCCUGUUUGCUAAUGAUAAACACAGGGAAGCAUUAGCUGAAUUAGAAGAGCUUAAACAGAUUGUACCUCGAGAAUCUUUAGUGUACUUUCUUAUAGGAAAAGUUCACAAAAAGUUGGGCAAUACCCACCUGGCCCUAAUGAAUUUUUCCUGGGCAAUGGACCUGGACCCCAAGGGUGCUAACAACCAGAUUAAAGAAGCCAUAGACAAGAGAUAUGUGACGGAGGAGGAACUGGCAGAUACCAGUGAGGCAGUUGAUGUUGGUCACCCAGCAGUGGCCUCUGGUGUCCAGGACAGCUCAAUGGACACUGAUGAUGUCCAGCUCCAGGCUGUGGAGAGCGAUGAAAGUCUGUGAUAACAGCCACAUCCUAGAUGAAUUGAUGAUUUGGGUAAAAAAAACAAAAAAACAGCUGAAGUAUCUCCUCCUAGCUGGUGUGUGAUGUCAAACGAUAGAGAUGUGUAACAAUGGAGAAAUUGUGAAUCUUAUUCAGUGAUUGAUUGAAGAAUUUUUCUGAACUUCCCCUAUGUCCAUGGGUGCUGGUAUCAAAGUGGAAAUAAAUAUUGAGUAGAAAAUUUGUGUUGAGAUGGCACUGUCAUGUGGUCAAAUCUGAACUGUGAGGGUAUAAGAUGACCAAAAUGUUCAGUGCACUCAGAAUUAAAGAUUGAAGGUGAUGCUAAACUUGAUUUAAACAGAGUGAAAUGCCAAUUUCUGACAGAACUUACAUUUAUUUAACUAAUAUUCUCAAUCAAAAACCCAAAUUUUUUUUUCUUUUUUAGAUUUUAAUUGCGAGUUGAAUAUUGCAUCUUAAAGAAAACAUCAUGACCAUACUUGCAAUAACUGCAGUAGCUGCACAUUGAAAUGCAAACUUCUUUGUGGGGAUGUUUUUCUUAGUCUUGUUAUGGAGACAAAUUUUCUAUAAGAACACAGUGGUGGUAAUUAAGCAUAUUCUCAUGCCAUACAGUGCUUAUUUAUUUUUUGCUGAAUUGAUGUUAACAAAGAUGGUCUGUCACGUUUCCCUUAAGCCCAAGAAAGUAGCCUCUAGAUACUUGGUGAAAUCUCUUAGUUUUAGUUUACAAAGUUGAACUUGUGAGUAUUUGUGUAUGUAAAAAAAAUGAGUUGAGUAAGAGUAGCAUUUGAAAGAUUUCAGGUUCCUUGUAGGAAGCCCUACUCUGUAGUAUUUAUAUAGUUUGUCGUUGAACUGGCUGAAGUUUUCAGUCUGAAAUGUAGUUCUGGUGAGCCUUAGAUUAAUUAAUAGGAAGGGGUUAUGUGCUUUAAUUUAGAAAAUGAUUUGGGUUAAAGGGAAUGUUUCUUGCUGUUGAGUCAGUGAUUUAGGUACCUCAAGCUAUAAUGUCCAAUUUCACUAAGUGUAUGAAUGCAUAAUUAUAGCAGUUUGUCAGAAAUUGCUCUAUUUAAAUCUGAUCAGAAAUUAUUUUCAUUCUUGUAGAAAUUAGAUUUAGACCUUAGAGAUCUUAUUUCAGCUUUUUUCGCAUCUUUUGAUUUUUUAAGUUAGGAACGCAUGUGUUAACAUCUAUUCACUACUCUACAAAUAUUUCAAGUUUCACAGAUAGAGAUGAUUUCAGAAGAUCGUGUUCAAUAGGCACCACAUAGGAGUAAUUAUCAAAAUGUAACAGGUUGUAUCUGUUGCCAGUCUGACAGGAUUGCUACUGUAAAUUCAGUAAUCCCAACUUCCACGAGUUUAUCAUUGUGUAGUAGUAUGAUAGAUAUAUUUGGCAAGUUUUAUCCAUUAUAUUUUAAUAAAAUAUCACUUAGCCUUUUGUUUAAUAAUACAGCAGUAUAACUUGCUUUCUUUAUCUAUAAUGUGUACAUUAUAUUAUAUCAUUGGAAGGCAUGCAGUAACUGAAU